AUGAAUAGAUUAUUUGGAACUAAGAAUGCUGUACCCAAACCAUCAUUGAAUGAUGCUAUCAAGGGAAUAGAUGAGAGAGUCAGUUCUCUAGAUGUCAAAUUAAGCAAAAUAAAUUCAGAAUUAUCAACGUACCAGCAAAAGAUAAGUCGAAUGCGUGAUGGGCCGGGAAAGUCAUCGUUGAAGCAAAAGGCUCUCAAAUUGUUAAGACAGCGGAAGCAGAUUGAGGCACAAAAGGAUCAACUAGAGAACCAGUCGUGGAAUAUGUCACAAGCAACAAUGACAACAGAUAACUUGCAAAACACUAUGGUGACAAUUAAUGCCAUGAAGACAGCAAACAAGGAAUUGAAAAAGACAUAUGGAAAGAUAAAUAUCGACGAGCUUGAAAAUUUACAAGAUGAAAUGUUAGAUAUAAUAGACAAGUCGAACGAAUUGCAGGAGGCUCUUUCAACAAGCUACGACGUACCAGAUGAAGUGAGCGAAAGUGAAUUAGACGCUGAAUUGGAAGCCUUGGGAGAAGAAAUUGAUUUCGAAAAUGAAAUGGCCGAGAGUGGAAUAGGCGCUCCAAGCUACUUGAACGAUACAGAACCUGCUAGUUCAGACAAAAUUCCUACUUUUAUCGACGAAGAACCAGAAAAGACUGAAAAGAUUGCAAAUUAG